AUGUUUAGAAGAAACAAAGACAAGGCGAAGGAAAGCACCGUUGAUCCUUCGAAGUUGAUAAAAAUAGAGACGCCGAUUGAGAAGCCUCCUGCGUCCGUCAAGCCUCCUGCGGAGAAGGAGCUCGAUGAAGGGCAGACCAAGAAGUACCAAGAGGUGUUGAAACACUUCAGUGAUCCUGAAUUGAGAAUUUCAACGUCCGAAAAAGAGAAGGACGCGGAGUUGCAGCCAUUGUCCGACCUCGAAAAGGCAUGGUUGACUAGAGAGUGUUUCAAGCGCUACCUGCGGGCCACCAAGUGGGACGUGAAGGAGUGUAUCGAGCGUAUCGCUCUAUCACUGGCGUGGAGACGCCAGUUCGGCAUCAACAACUUUGGUGAAGAAAACGGCGAUCGGCUGACUUCCGACGCUGUAGCAGUCGAAGAGGAGACCGGUAAGCAGGUUGUGCUGGGGUUUGAAAACGAUGCGCGUCCCAUCUUGUACCUCAAGCCCGGCAGACAAAACACCAAAACGUCCCACAGACAAGUGCAGCACUUGGUUUUCAUGCUGGAACGAGUCAUCGAUUUUAUGCCGGAAGGGCAGGAUUCUUUGGCUCUCUUGAUAGACUUUAAAGACCACUCAGACGUGCCCAAGGUCUCGGGGAACAGCAAGAUUCCUCCCAUCGGAGUUGGCAAAGAGGUUCUGCACAUCCUUCAGACCCACUACCCCGAGCGGCUUGGUAAAGCUCUUCUGACGAACAUUCCAUGGUUGGCUUGGACUUUCCUGAAGAUGAUCCAUCCUUUCAUCGACCCAUUGACCAGAGAAAAACUGGUAUUUGACGAGCCUUUCCCCAAGUACGUUCCUGAAGAUCAGUUAGACAAGCUCUACGGCGGUUAUUUGGAUUUCACUUACAAGCAUGAUGUCUACUGGCCAAAACUGAAAGAGAUUGCGGCUAAGAAUAGAUCACAUUAUUUGUCGAGGUUUGAAAAGUUUGGCAGUAAGGUCGGGUUGAGCGAGUCCGACCUCAGAGGCAACCAUGAGGAGCUUCUUCAUCCAGUUGAGGCUUGA